GAGCGAGACAGAGAGAAGAUAUCGUACGGUGUACGCAAAGAGGAAGAAACGAAUCGACGGCGGAGGAGAGCAAAAGGGAGCAGCUUGUGGAACGGCAUGUCCUCGCGUGCUCGUGUCGUACAACGUUUCUGAACGCAGCCAUUACGACACAACCGCUCUCGGUGACGCUUUGAUGCGGUAGAGCUGUGCUCACGCGCGCAGUGGUCACGGAACGAUCGGAACGGAACGCACGUGUUUUCGGAAAUUCGAACAAAAUUUCGGUAAACGAAAUUUAAUCAGUGAUAGACCGGUAACGAAGAGGAUACAUCGAUUGCCGUGAGAAACGAAUUUUUUGAAAGCUGUUUGUUUUUGUGCGUGUACAGAGAGGCCUAGGGACGCCUCUUGACGCGCGGCGUCACGUCGCCCGGGUCAUCGACAACUCGAGAGUGUUCGAUCUGAUUGAUAAAUAGUCAAGUAGAACUCGCGAUUGGAAUAAAUCGCUCGAUUUCUCUCGCAACACGGAUCCUAGAGAAAAUAAUUAACCAUGUUUGACGUAUUUGGCUCCGUAAAGGGAUUGCUCAAGCUCGAUAGCGUUUGCAUCGAUAAUAAUGUGUUUCGACUGCACUACAAAGCGACGGUGAUCAUAUUAAUCGCAUUUUCGUUACUGGUCACGUCCAGGCAGUACAUCGGAGAUCCUAUAGACUGCAUCGUCGAUGAAAUACCGCUUCACGUAAUGGACACAUAUUGCUGGAUCUAUUCGACGUUUACGAUUCCGGAUCGAACCGGCAUCGUCGGCAAAGACAUGGUGCAACCAGGUGUCGCAUCUCACAUCGAGGGCGAGGAUGAGAUCAAGUAUCACAAAUAUUAUCAGUGGGUGUGUUUCACGCUCUUCUUCCAGGCAAUAUUGUUUUAUGUGCCGCGUUACCUGUGGAAAACUUGGGAGGGCGGUAAAAUAAAGAUGUUGGUUCUCGACCUAAAUUGCCCUGUGAUGAGCGACGAAUGUAAAUCGGAAAGGAGAAAAUUAUUGGUCGACUACUUCGCGUCAAACUGGCAUUCGCAAAACUUUUAUGCAUUCCGAUUUUUCCUCUGUGAAGUGCUGAAUUUCAUUAACGUGGUCGGCCAAAUCUACUUUAUGGAUUUUUUCUUGGACGGCGAGUUCACCACCUAUGGCUCGGACGUGGUGAAAUUCACAGAAAUGGAACCCGAGGAGAGAAUGGACCCCAUGUCACGGGUAUUCCCAAAAGUCACCAAGUGUACUUUUCACAAAUAUGGUUCGUCCGGUACCGUGCAGAAAUUCGACGGUCUCUGCGUGCUACCGCUAAACAUCGUCAACGAGAAGAUUUACGUGUUCCUCUGGUUCUGGUUCAUCAUCCUGUCGGUGUUGAGCGGUUUAACCCUGGCCUACCGUGCUGCGGUAAUAGCCGGGCCGAAGCUUCGCCUGGUGCUGUUGCGUGCCCGCUCGCGCCUCUCCAAACCUGAACAUAUCGUGACAAUCGCGAACAACUGCCAGAUCGGCGACUGGUUCGUCCUUUAUCAACUCGGCAAGAACAUAGACCCGGUGGUGUACCAGCAACUCAUCGUGGAUCUCGUCACGAAAUUUUUGGGCAAAGAAGUUGUCUAGUUUGAUUAUACAUUCUUAGAAUUCCUCUUUUUCUUUUCUUUUCCCGCUUCUUCGUUCUACUAUUCGAUUCUUGAACAUCCGCUUAGUCGAGUCGAACUGUUAUAGUUUACCGUAUUCUCAUUGUAGAUUAUUCAAAGACCGAGGGCCAUUUUGAAUUACGUUUAUCUUUCGUACAUAUUACAUGUAGAACGUGUACGCGCAUUCCAAUGGUUUUUUGGAAAAUUUUUCGUAGUAUAACGAGGCGUACGUGCAAAGUGAGUUGCCUUUCGACCGUUGCACGAGAAUUCGGUUGAAGGUAAAUUUUUUCUAGCAAAAGACAUA